GAUUUAAUUCCCAUCCUGUUCUUCUCCGUCCCAUCUUAUUUCAUCUUUUCCAUCUUUCCCAUCCUAGUUUAUAUCAUUCUAUCUUCCCAUAUUCCAUCCCAUCCCACCUCUUCAAAUGUCAACGGCCACCACAGCCACCACAGCCUGGACCGAACGAACCUCAAACAGCCUCUUCGAAAACGAGCUUCGUAGCCGCUUUCUCCCCGUCUAUGGCACAAAAAUCGAAUCAUUAGGACGUCUCGCUGUUUCCGAUCUCAAAUUACACGAUUUGGUUGCCUCAUCCUCAUCAUCCUCAUCAAUAGAUGAACAAUUCAUUCAACGCGUAGAAUUACGCGCGAGUGAAUUAUAGUGUUUCACUAAAAAAUAAUUGCGAGAUAUUUUAUGGAAGACAGUAGUGGGAGGUAGAUAUUGUACUGGAGGUGUGGGUAAGAAGAUGCUUGUGAUAGAAAUUGUUAGAGGAGGGGAAAUUAGAGAAAUUGUA